GAACUUACAGGUGUCCGUAGCGGUGUAGCGCGCCGCUCUCCGCUAACAUACGCCACGUGGGUAUUCACCGAGAGUUUAAAACGCCACUAAAUAUUAGAGGAAUUCUGUACAGCCUUAGGAAAUAGCAUCCGUAAAGGCCAACCCUAUCUAGAGACUGAUUCCAGCCAGUGGAAUAAACUCGUUUAGCAACUGUUGGAAGUCAGGAGGUGGGUGAGAGGGCGUGCUCAGGUGUGACGGGUGCAGACAAGAGGCGCCUUCCAGGCUCCACACACUUUUCAACUCCGUCGAAAAGAUAUUCAACCAGAGGACAGACAACUAACUGCACGGUCUUCUCAGACAAACACUCCACGAGCAACAUGUCUCCAUCUAACCACCAGAACAGCAGCUCUCCCUCCGGCACCACCGGCUCCCUCGCCACCGACACCAGCAGAAGAUUCCUAUCAAAUCAGAUUCGAUACAAGGGCUUGUUCACGCCCCAGGUAGCGCCCACCACCCGCGCCUACUGCCUGCUAUUGAGUUUCCUGGUGGGGACGCUGAUGCUGACGGCUGGCUCGGUGUUCUACCACGUGAUCCUCAGCAAGCCCAUGAGUGGCUCUCACCUCAUGCACACACCGCCUGUCCCACUCGCCCUCUUCCUCAUGGCCGCUGGUAUCAUCACCCUUCUUGCCUGCUUCUUCGUCGCCUGGAGGUUUGGCUUCGACGACGGCGACGAGACCCUAGAAGAGGACAUGUACUCCUUCGCCAAGGACGACGUGCUUGACCAGCAGUACAACAGCACCAUUGAAACUCCCAAGGACCCUCCUGUAUGAACCCCGCCGCCACCCCCCCAUCCUCGCCUUACAGCAGAACCCUCAAAGAAACCCACUGUCGCAACCUGCAACUUAAUAAGAUCCUAAUCUUAAUCAUUUCAUCUCGCCUUAAGUUU